UUUUUCCGUUACUUUUCCAGUCGUACACUACGAGUAAGCUGAACCAGCCAUUAUGGACUCUUUCUCCACCGACUCUAAACAAGAGCACGAUGGUCUGACCUCGGACUCGGGCGCUCCACCACUCACAGAUGAUUUGGAUACACACCAACCUUCAUUGCUGACGCAAGAAGAGGAAGCAGCUGAAGAGGCGAGUCGUUGUAUUGAGCCUAUGCCCAGUGAUCGUAGUGAUGUUCGCAAGAUGUAUCUCAAGGUACGACAGCGAAAGCACCGAGAGAAGAAAAGGGAGCUGCAGUCCAAGAUCAACGGGCUCACGGGGCAGAAUCUUCAGAGAGAGCUGGAGGAUCUGCAGUCGCAUCGCGAACAACAGGAUCCCGGAGAAGGGGGUAGCAGAGAUUCGACUAUGGAAAAAAUAGAUGCGGCAGGAGGCGAAGAAGGUGCAGGCGAAGAAGGUGAAGGUGAAGAUGAAGGUGAUCACGACGAUGUUGCCGGUGAAUAUGAGAGGACGAAGUCGGAAAGCCGCUUUGAGAUCGUGUAG